AUGGCGGAUCUCGAUGCCUUCUUGCACGAAAUGCAACGCUUUCGAGCAUCUGACGAGGCUAGGGAGCACCUCGUUAGCGAAAUUCUUGCAAGAUACAAGAGUUUAUCUGAGGAGCAUACCCAUCUCAAGAACGAUUAUUUGAGCGAGCGAGAUAUUAGGCGAAACUACCAGAGAACCGUAGAAGAGAAGCAGAAUUUGGUCGGCGAGUACGAACGCCAGCUGGAGUCUAGCUCGUUCGUUUUAGCACUGAUUGAUGGCGACGGAGCUAUUUUCCAAGAUGCCCUACUGCAGGCUGCUGUUGGCGAUGGCGGGUCUGAGGCUGCUUCACGCCUCCAGUACAUGAUCCGCAAUCAUGUUGCCACUCUAUACAGUAAAUCUGAUAACUGGCCUAUCAUGGUCCAGAUAUAUCUAAGUCUCGAUAAGCUCGCGAGUAAAUUAGCGCAGGUCGGACUCCUCCGCUCCCCGCCAGAGCUUCGAGCGUUUGUGCAGCGAUUCAACGUCAACCAGCCGCUGUUUAGUAUUAUUGAUGUCGGUCAAGGCAAAGAGCGAGCCGACUACAAGAUCAAAGAAAUGCUUCGUACAUUCAGUGACAAUCCCACCUGUCGACACAUCAUCUUUGGCGGCUGCCAUGACGCCGGCUAUCUUCUAAAUCUUGAGCAGUUCAAGCAUGAUAUAUCCAAAGCGGCUCGCAUCACGUUGCUAGAAACGACACCUGCGUAUCGAGGCUUCACUGAGCUGUCGAAUUUCAAGCACACUCGCUUUGAUGCUGUAUUCAGGUCUGAGCCUUUAGCCGACUAUGCAUCACCUACUACUACUUUUGCACAGCCGUCGAUGCAAGGUCCUACCCAGCCUCCUCCCGGCUUCCGCACGAUGACCAAAAAUGGCUCGCCCACAGUAACUCCAAAGUCAUCGAUCACCAGCCCUUCGCCCAGCACGACCCCUGUGUCCACCGCAGUCACCGAAUCUAACAGCGACUCUUCUUGGGCUACCGUUGGGAAAAAUGGUGCACCUACGAACGGGAGCAUUUCGAUCGCACCUAGCAACACCAAGAUGAAUGCAAGGAAGAAAUACGCUUAUUACAACAAAGAUGGUCAAAGGCUUGAUGAGCCACUACCUCCAAAAGAUCCCGCUGCUGCAGCUUCGCUCGAGGCACGUAUGAAGAAGGGCGGUAAAAAGAUGUGCAAUCAUUGGCAUCUUGGAGGCCACUGCGAGAACGGAAGUUUUUGCAACUUCCAACACGAGCCUAAACUUACCCCGGCUGAACUUAACGCUUUACGCUACAAGACGCGUAGUUUGGCCUGCAAGAACAAGUUUUGCGAGAACAUUGACUGCUAUCUGGGCCAUCAGUGCGCUCUUGAACGUGAUCAGGGAUACUGCCAGUACCCAGACCACUGUCAUCUUCGCGGUACUCACGGUAUGGAUAGAGUGAAGUAUGUCAGAUAUGACAAGGACGGAAAUGAGGAUUACGCGCCGUAG